UUGCUAUGGUUCCGAUUGUGCACGGAAUGUGUGUGGUUUGAUUGGAUCGGCUCAUCCUGCUCUGUGAUUGGUCCUUUCUCUAUAUCCACCAACCAACCAGAUCACUUGAGUCACUAGGUUUACCUGCUCUCCCGCCUUACCGCGAAGUCAGUUAUGGCAGAGUUGGGCGUGCUAGAUGACCCCAUGGAGCUGGACCCUAGCCUGAGGCAAAGCAGAACUCCCGGCCUACCAACAGACCACACUCAAGGCUAUGGAGCUAGGGAUGUCAUUAGGGCUCACAUCCAAGCUGGAGGCGGUGUGCUAAACUCUUCUUUGAGACACGGGGGCAUCCCUCUACUGGAGACUGAUAAACAACAUGUAGUACAUGCUACUGCAAUUCAAGAUGCCCUGCAAGAGGAUGAUCUAAAUUGCGCAACUCCUCAAUCUCUACGUUUUGAUUUCCCGUCCGAAGAAGAGCUCCAGCAGCCUAAAACAAGACAGGUGGUAAAACGGCCACCUCCAGCAAUAUACAGGGACCAGGAUCGUUUUGUCCCCAUUAAUAACAUCAGCAGGACCAUGCGCAACUGUGUACCAAAGUCGGGAAAAGUUUCGAAAGAUGCUAAAGAAUGUAUGCAAGAAUGCGUCUCUGAAUUCAUAGGGUUCUUAACCAGCGAGGCUUCUGAUCGGUGCAUAGACGAGAAGAGAAAGACAAUAACGGGCGAUGACAUCUUGUUUUCGCUGUCUACGCUAGGAUUUGACUGUUAUGUGGAUACACUUCAAGUCUAUCUGAAGAAAUACAGAGAACACUUACGUUCUGAUAAAAAUGACAAAGAGUAUGCCCAAGGCUCACCUUCAGAAUCAUGACAUGUACUUUCAUAAUAAUACGAGUACAUAUAAUGUGUUCAUACUGGACAGUGUUGGGUUGCAUUAAUUAAUUUAUCCUUUUCAUAGCUGAGAUAUUAUUAUACCAUUGAUUGUUGAUGAU